AUUGCUCACAAAUGGGAUGAAGAAGGCCACGUGGCAGAAAGGAAUGGCAGUUUGGUGAAUAAAUGAAAUAACAAGGGCAAAAGAAAGAAAAACCAAACUAAUUGUAACCAUAAUCCCUACACUCACUCACUUGUGGAUCUCGAGAGAGAUGAUGGAGGAGUGCAGUAUGAGGAAACUGGCCUUGUGGCACACGAGAACCUUCAAGCCUGUUAUGACGCACGAGGAGCUUGAACCAAUCAUGUCCACCAUGGGCUUCGUCGCUCAGGCCACCGGAGCAGGAGGAGGAUUCAAAGAGUACGUUUUCCUCUCUUCUCCCACCACCACCACCACCAGGCCCAGGCUGCCCUAUCCCCACAUCGACGGCCUCCAUAUCACCACCUACCAGGCUUUUAUUGACGCACUGACCUUCUUUCUUGAUGUCUCUGAUCUCUUCCAUGUCAGGGGAAUGCCGCUGCAACGUGCCAAAGAUAACAACAGAAAGUGGCGUCGCAUGGAAGAGGACGAAAAUGUGUUUGUCUAUAGAGAUGGGACGCUGGAUAAGUCGACUCACGGUUGUCCCAUCAAACAAGAGUCAUCAUCGUAUACACAUGUUCUCAUCCACCUCAAACCGCUACCUCAUUUCACUCUUCUUCCCCUUAAGGACAUCAUUGUCUCCGUCUGAUUUUCUUCCAUUUCAGUCUAAUUAUCGGCAGUGAUUUGUAUUAAAAUGACAAACUCUAUG